GGCGGAGGCUCAGAAGCAGCAGCGAGUGGGAGCUGUGGGUCCUUCCCUUUCCCCCCCUUCAUCCCCUUUUUUCCUCUUUCCCUCCUUCCCGGAAUAUUUUUUUUUUUUUUUUCUCUCCCUCUCCCCCCCCUCAACCAUGAAUCCCAACUGCGCUCGUUGCGGGAAGAUCGUUUAUCCCACGGAGAAGGUGAACUGCUUGGAUAAGUUCUGGCACAAGGCAUGUUUCCACUGCGAGACCUGCAAGAUGACCCUCAACAUGAAAAACUACAAGGGCUACGAGAAGAAGCCGUACUGCAACGCACACUACCCCAAGCAGUCCUUCACCAUGGUGGCAGACACACCUGAGAACCUGCGCCUAAAGCAGCAGAGCGAGCUCCAGAGCCAGAUUCGCUACAAGGAGGAGUUUGAGAAGAACAAGGGGAAAGGCUUCAGUGUGGUGGCUGACACCCCGGAGCUGCAGAGAAUCAAAAAGACUCAGGAUCAGAUCAGCAACAUAAAAUACCACGAAGAGUUCGAGAGGAGCAGGAUGGGCCCGAGUCCCAGUGAGGGCGCUGAGCUGGAGCGCAGGAACUCCCAGGAGAGCAGCAGUUACCGGAGACCCGCAGAGCAGCAGCAGCAGCCGCCGUCCCACCACAUCCAGCCCAGCAACCCGGUGUACCAGCAGCAGCAGCAGCCGUCGUCUCAGUCCUACGGCUACAAGGAGCCGGCGGCACCGGCCUCUACACAGCGCAGCGCUCCUUCUGGAGGGGGGAAGCGUUUCCGCGCCGUCUACGAUUACAACGCGGCCGACGAGGACGAGGUUUCCUUCCAGGACGGGGACACCAUCAUCAACGUGCAGCAGAUCGACGACGGGUGGAUGUACGGCACGGUGGAGCGCACGGGCGACACGGGGAUGCUCCCCGCCAACUACGUGGAGGCCAUCUGAGCCCUGGGGGGGGGGGUCAGCCCGGCCCCCCGCCCGCCCCGCCCCUGCUGUGUGUGUCUCUCUGUCCCUGUGUCCCUUGUCCCAUCUGCUCUGCCGUUGCCCGCCAGAGCCACCUCCUGACAUCCCAGUGUUCCCACAGCUGCCUCCGGUUUAUCUUGCCAAUUUAGCUUUGUUCUAGCUCUGUCGGGACUGAGGGACUGUCUGCAGAGGGUGCUGGGGGCUCCAGAGGCCAAACCACCACAGCUCUCCUUCUCCUCUGGUCUCCCUCCCUCUCUAAGCCCUCCCGGGGUGCUCCGGCAUUUCCUGGCUGCAGGAAGCAGCCGGUUGCUGGGAUCCCGGCAAAGGGAGGAGGAGACACAUCUGUUAGGACCAAAUUCCCCUGCUCUGGUGGGGAUGGGCAGCGGGCAGCGAUGUCUGCAUGGAGGAGGGGAGGGUUGGAUGAACGGCUCGCUCAUCCCCUUAUGUCUCCCAGCUCCUCUGUGCAGUGUUUCCAUUCAGUCUUUUCUCCCUUCAGGCCUCAAAACAGAAAAACAGUCGCAGCUAAAAAUCCUGAAACAAAAAUCUAUCUUUCUCGUGGGGGUUUGAGGGGCUGCUCUGGAUGGACAGCCCUGGAAGUGGCUCUUGCUGCUGCUUCUCCCUGGAGCUCUGGCUGCCUUGAUCCAUCUCCCCCAUCCCUCUGGAGCUGAGCCCGGGCUCUGCUGCCCUGGGGAAAGGAGCAACCACAGCUCUGCUGGUGCUGCCCAAGGGCUGGAGAUGGGCCGGGCUCCUCCCUCCUCCACUGUGACCUCCCAUCUCUCCUGCAUCUCCAGCUUCCUCUCUUUGAGUCUGGGGGUCCCCUGGGCCCCUCCUGUCUGGCAGCCCCUUCCUCUCUUUGCCUUGGUCACCCCCCAGAUUCACCCAGACUCUUUCCUGCUCUUCUCUCACUGCUGCAGGGCUUUUGGGACCCUCCUGAGCCCCCCACCCACUGGGUAGGUGGGUCUGGGGAGCCAGCAGGAUUAGCCCCCAUCCCUGUGCCUCUUCUGAGCCGUGUGUGAAAGAUCCUCCCCCUCUGCCACCACACUGGGGACAGUCCUGGAUAACUGUCCCCUCCACAACUCGCUCCUGAGUGGCAGAGACGGGGCUUUGUCCCCCUGAGCCACCCUGCACCUCUCACUUGUCCCUAGCAGUGGUGGCUUUUGGGGCUACCGUUGACUUGGCAUCACGUCGUGGACCAAAAUCUCAAAGCACGUCCCUGUCCCCUUCUCCUUCACACUCCGGAGGUCCUGGAGCUGGACAGGGGCAGGAAUAACUGGAAGCAGGAAGGGUGGGAGCAGGGUGCUCUUCUCCCAGCCCAGCCCGGACCAUGGGGACCAGGCAGCCCGAGGGGACCUUCCCUUGCCGGGCUGCUCGGGGCUUUGCUGUGCUGCACCUCGGGGCCAGGACGCUUCCAGGGGAAGCUGCUGCCUUCUUUGCUAUUCCCAAAGGAAAUGAGGGAAUCUAGGGACCAAAGCGGCUGAGUCCAGACAUUCCUCGUCUCUCCCUGGGGACGGGUCCUUGGGGGAGAGGAUCCCACCACCUCGCAGUCCCUUUCUCAAAGCACCCGGGGCUGCAGGGCUGGUUCAUGGAUGGUGCCGGGGUUGGGGUGACCCCAGUCGGGGGCUGCUGGAGCAAAUGUGGGGUCCUGGCAGGGCAGAGACCCCCGGGAGGGCAGGAGCCGGGUAGAGGGAAACGUUUUGUUCCUGGCUCGUUCCCCAGCCGGCUGCAAGGGGAGGAGGGAGAGUGACAGGGACUCCUGGCACUGUCGUCCCCUCGAGGUGAAAAAGGGACCCCAGAAGCAGCCGGGAUGGGCUUUCCGGGAUGGGAAUCCCGGCUGGUGCUAAAACAAGUGAGCACAAGAGCAGGGGAGAGGGGGUGGCUGGGUGGGGGGGAUUCGUGUCUCCCUGCUAAUCCUCUUCUUAAUCACAUUCUUGUCUGGGAAUGGGGGGAGGGGGGAGUAUCAAUGUGAAUAAACCGUUUUUUAAUGGACCAAAUAACACAGGCAAUUCCGUUUUGGGAUACAGACUUUUUUUAAUGCUACCUUGGAACCAUUGUCCUAAUUCUCCCCUCCCACGCCCUACCCCUUCUCCCCUGCCAUGGGAAAACAAACCUCUUACUGCUUGAUUUCUGCCUUUUCUCUCGACUUAUGCACUUUUUUGCCUUUUUUCAUAGCUGAAGAGCACCUAAACCUGUAUUUAAAAUAAAUAAGUAAAUAAAAUAGGAAAAAAAAAAAAGGAGAAAGGAAAAAAAGAAAAAAAAAAAAAGGAAGGAAAAAUUAAAAGCUAAAUUGCUUCUCAUCACGUGGUAAAAUAGAUCUUGUCCAUCCCAGCUUCCCUGGUUGCAUCUCAGUGCUGAGCUUAGAACGUGUUUUCUUCUGGAUCCGUCGCUUGAUUGGGGUUUGUCCUUGUGUCCUCCUUCCCAUCGGGUUGAGCACCCACCAAUUAAAAACGUUAUUUGGCCUUUUUAACUGAACCACCCAAUGGAACAAACCAACCGAUUCUCUUCCUGGUUUACUCGAAUGAAAAAUAAAAGUAUAAUUUUUA